GUGGAGACAUCUUAUCACGAUUUACAAUAACUACUACUACAAGAACUUAUAUUAUUAUACUAUUAGGAUACGUAUGGUUUUACGUGCUGUAUAGUAGGAUUGAUAGAUGUCUCUGUUUUAAUCUUUGCCCAGGAACAUGAUGAUGUGUUAUUAGUGUUGUGUUGGCAUUAGAAGGUUUCAUGAUCAAAACAUGAGGUUGAUGUGGCGGUGAUAAUGCCUAUGUUAUUAAUUGACUUGUCAAAUUCUUAGAAUUACGGGUUUUAAGUGUAUGUUAGACAAAUUAAGGAAAUGAAUCUUAAUAAUUUGGAUGUGAAGGUACACGUUGGGGAUGCAAAUAUCGAUAAGAACGAGAAAAUAAAUUCGGAAGUUAAAAUAUUAUUUUACGAUAUCAGCGAUUUUAGACCAGUACCUCAAUUUCUAAUAUGCAGCACUGGCGUUUUUGUGUUUUACUUGAUGUAUGGCUAUAUGCAGGAAUUAAUUUUUACUCUUGAGGGGUUCAAGCCAUUUGGAUGGUAUCUAACACUGGUCCAGUUUGCAUACUAUUCGUUGUUUGGAUAUGUUGAGAUGAUGGGAAAGAAGGUAUCAUCAAGAAUGAUUCCUUUGAAAACCUAUCUGCUGCUAGCUCUCUUGACGCUUGGCACUAUGGGAUUCUCCAACUCUUCACUGGGUCAUCUUAAUUACCCCACACAGGUGAUCUUCAAGUGCUGCAAACUCAUUCCAGUGCUUGUAGGGGGCAUCCUGAUACAGCAGAAGCAUUAUGGCAGGCUUGAUUUCCUGGCUGCGGGCUGCAUGUGUCUGGGACUGACCCUCUUCACUCUUGCUGACAGUCAUGUGUCACCAAACUUCAGUACAAUAGGUGUAAUGAUGAUUUCAAGUGCAUUGCUGUGUGAUGCAGCAAUCGGCAAUGUUCAGGAGAAGUCGAUGAAAGCAUACAAAGCAACGAACACUGAGGUUGUCCUGUACUCGUACUCCAUUGGAUUUGUGUAUCUGUUCCUCAUCAUGUUUGUCACUGGUGACCUUGGCAGAGGAAUGGCAUUCUGCUCCAUGCAUUUGUUGGAGACUUACGGGUACGGACUGAUCUUUUCAGUGUCAGGGUACCUAGGGAUACAAAUUGUUUUGACUCUUGUGAAGACCUGUGGGGCCUUCACAGCUGCAACAGUCACCACGUGUCGCAAAGCUGUCUCUAUCAUCAUCUCCUUCAUGUUCUUCUCCAAGCCUUUUACAUUCCAGUAUUUAUGGUCUGGUUUGAUCAUUGUGGCUGGUAUUUAUCUGAACAUUUAUAGCAAGAAUCAGAGUAAGAUGGAUUUGCAAAGUUUUAUUAACAAGUUCCACAGAUUUGUUCAACGGACUCUACUGAAGAUUAAAGUUCCGAGUUACACUGUGGAUAAAAAUAUGCUUUCUAAUGUCUAGGAAGCACACACACAUUGCUUGAUCAACAUUCCAUUGGUGGGAUUGUAAGUGUGAGAAAAGUAUUAGAUACUGUAGGAUUUAACAGCAUGUAGAGACAAAAAACUGUUAAUGAAUUCUUCGUAGGUUUGCUUUGCAUUUCUUUGAUGACUGCAGAUCUGUGUCUGCAUUAAAUGAGAUUAGUAGGUGAUUGUGGAUUUUGGUGGAAAGGAUUGAGAAGGAAGUGGUGAUGGCCUGUUUGAAGCUCUCAAGCUGUUUCAGCAUCUCUGAACUGAGUGAGAGUGAAAGUUUAUUAUGAUAUGCAGUAAGUCAGAAGUGGGUCAGAUAACAAUGGUUGAUUGGUAUAUUAUCUGCAGAGUUAUUUAGCAUCAAAUGAGAUGACACAAUAAUUUUGUUUAGUGAACAGGAAAGGAAGGGGGUAAGAUGUGGUUGUGUGGUCUGAAGUACUAUCCUGACACUCACAUGGAAGAACUAUGAAAAUAAUGAUAAUAUUGUUUUAGUAAAGAAAGCAUCAUGUGAUAGGAAAACUGAAAGCAGGGAUGUAAUAAUUCUGUAAGUUUUUUAUAGUACCUUAAACAAUGGUGUGUACCUCAUGCCACAUGUUACAUCAAAUGAAGUGUUUCACCAUUUUACAAUUUUUUGACUGUUUACAGACAAACUUUUCAAAAAAUAAUUUAUUGACUUUGUAGUAGAGAUGUUAUCACUCCUGCUUGGUAUUCUGGAGGUCUGAGGUUAAAAUCUACCCGGAGGAUGGAUAUCUUCACUGAGAAUUCUUUUUGUGUUCCUUAGUCAUCCCAGGCAAACACUUGGACAUUACCUUAAAUGAGGCCACUAUCACUUCCUUAUACAUCCUUGCCAAUGCAUCACUCAAAAAUUUCCCUAUUCAGCAUUAAAUAGAACAUGAACCACCCAACAGGACAAGUAUGGCUAAUUAGAGGUUUUGGGAAGUAUAUAUGCUUUCAUAUACCUCAAGAAUAUCCAACAUAUUACCACUGCAUGAAACUGUAUUGUAUUUUGGUAGUACAUCCCAAAAAAGCAAUGUUUGUGUGUGUGUUUGGAUGAAAUUAUAGUAGCUUUGUAGUGGAUGUUGUUCAUAAUAUGACAUAACAAUGCAGAUGUCAAGCAGAACAGAAUACCAGGCAACAAGAAAAGUGGAGGAUUUGGACACAGGUUGUUCACGCAAUUAUUAUUAUUAUCCCAUCUCUUCACCACUUUAUGGUGUAUGUA